AUGGUUUCUCCUGGAAGGCUGGAACACAGGGAACUAAAAUACAUUACAUAUAAUUGCCUCUCAAUUCUUAGAGGAAUUCAGAAUGCAGGAGAAUUUCAUGAGAAGCUGGCAGCGAUCGUUGGCUCCUAUUUCGGGGUCAGGGCGUCCCCAAUGCGGUCGAUGGAGGAAGAGGAGGUGGCGCGGGGGAGACCAGCGGCAGCGACGGCGCAUCGAUGCGGGGUCGUUUGGAUCGUGGCGUGGGAGCGGCGUCGGCGGCGGCAAGAGAAGAGCAACGGUGGUAGCGCCGGCCUGCGAAGAGGCGAGGUGAGCGGUGGUGGCGGCGUCGGGAGAGAGGAUGAGAGGGAGAGAGAAGGGCAGCAGCCAGCGGCACCUCGUCCGUGUCCAGAUGCGUCCGCCCCGUGGCCGACCUCGACGAGCACGGCCUCGAUCCGGCCUCAGCCGGAGGACCUCGAGCCGAGGAGUGCGGCCUCGAUCGGGACUCGCACGCAGGACCUGUGCAUCGGCGGCGGUGUGCCCCCCGACGUAGAGGGGGUGGCCUACCGCGGCAACCGCGGGCGCAGCCGCCCGCCCCCCUGGUGCCGCCCCCAACGAGCCCUUCAUCUGCAGCUUCGAGAAGUACCCUACACAGGACAUGACAGUAAUCUUCAGAAGGAGGGAGGUUGUGAUCUUGUUCAGAAUUCUGUUGAGUGGAUAAAAACUGUUUCCUCGGCACCAGAUGUCAUAGGCAUGACAUUUCUCCCUAUUGUUUCACUCGUUGAUGAUAUACCUGGGAAGAAGCACAUUGCUCGUGCCAUUGAUCUAUACUUGACAUCUUCAUGUGUAGAUUGCAGUCACAAUGGCAAGCUGUCCGACCAUGUCUGCAAGGCCAAAGCAGCAGAGUUGAAGGAGAUCUUAUGGAUCAAGGUGAGUAUGGAGAGAGAAAGGUUGAAGACGUGCAAUGGAAAAUUGUUAUUAGAUUUGCUUAAGAAUUGCCUUAUUCAAACAAAAUUGAAGCAUAUUACGUGUUGAAGCAUAUUUCGUGUUGUAUGUAUAUAAGAAGCUUAGUCAUGUGUCAUUCUUUGCAAAUAAAACUUAGAGCUCAAGUAGUUCAGAAUCAUACUGAAUAUCGCUUAUCAUGUACCUACAAUAACAUUUGUGUCUCAAGUGUUGGUUGUUAUGCUUUUUCUUUGAAACUGAUGGAGUUGGUGUUCGGAUUACUGAACUUUGCAUGUUAGCCUUUGGUUUCCUGAUUAUCUUUCUUCAACCCCUGUCAAGAUGGAUAUAUAAAUUGAUGUUGAUGAUGGCUCGUGCAGUUGCUUCCUAAGUCAGCCAAGGUAAUAACUAAAUUCUUUUAUACUACACAGCAGAUUCAGUAUUCACAAUUAUUUUCAUGAGCCCAAGGAUAGUUCACUUUAGGGUCUUGUCCUAUAUGUUUCAUGUUCAUAAUAAAUUACAAGUGAGGACUACUACGCCAGUGGAUCACUUGUUUAAUUUCUAGCAGUAGCAAGUGUCUCCUAACAACAUAUCCACACUAAUUGCUUGGUGUGGCAAUUUGCUCCUUUUCAUUUAUUAGUUGUUUGAGGAUUUUUUUAUAUUUUUGGGGGAACUUUGUUCCCUUUUAUUUCUCUCGAACGGGAGCGACUACAACAGAAGAAGGGUCACGGUUGCAGAAAUAGAAAAAAAUAUGUCUGAGCCAUCUGAUCCUGGAUGAAGGGCCCAGAUUCUUGUGGGUGGAUCAGAAAACACAUGUACUACAUCAAGUUUUUACUUUGUCAUCUACGAUUUAGCAAACGCACUUGAAUUGCAUUCUUAAUUGUUCAAUACAUACAUGAUCAGGAUUAGAGAACAUAGUUUUCCUAUUUCUUUCCUUGUAAUGUAAAUUAUAUUAUUUUUCCUUGUAUUUGUAGAUGCAUGAUGCUCUUACAAGCGGAAACAUCAGGAUUACAGACAGAUGGAAGAAGCUUUUAUCAAAGACUCCCCUUUCUGACAAUUGAGAGAAUUUCUAUGCAAGAUAAAUUUGACUCUGUUCUUGAUCAUGAAUCUUUACGUGUUUGUGCUCAACUGAAUCGUGUUUGCUUGGUGUGAUCUCUCCCAGAACAAGAAGCUUGAUGAGCAAGGUGUACUAUAACUGGCGGGAAAUGCUAGAGCUUUUUUGUUAUGUACCAUCAAGAUAGUAUGGCUUAUCAUUUUGAAUAGCAAUGCCUGUUGAGUGAUGAUCAUAUUAGUCUUUAAUACUCUGUCUUGCUGGCCAUGUACUAAAAAUGGCACUUCCAUGUCUAAUAUGCUUGUGAUAUGCUCAAUC